UCCCAGGUGGGUCAUGACAAGCAGGGUCGGAUGCCUGCCUCCUAAAUGAUAUAAAUUGUGUCGAUGGGGGCCGAAAGAACACAUAUAUCAUAAUUAUAAAUUCUCUCUCUCUCUUUCUCUCUCUCUCUCUCUCUCUCUCUCUCUCUCUCUCUCUCUCUCUCUCUCUCAGUCUCUGUUUCUCUUUUGAAUUCUGUCCCCGUCUCCCUGACUGGGACUGUGUAUCUGUCUCUUCUUCCCCUAACCUGUUUUUGUUUUCAUUUUGUUAUAGAUCCAUUCAUUAAAUAAUAUAUUUUCAACAAGAACUCUUCAGUAUUGAUCGCAAAGCUGAGUCCCUCUAGUAAACAACAAGUUGCAGCCCCAUCUUUUUGUGGUUAGAUGGGCCGGGUCCCGGUGGACCACACAUCUAUUAUUCUCUCACAGGCAGAAUACUCUGCACCAUAACUCAACCCAGCGCCUCGGGGCUUAGCGUCCAUUGAAUAAAACUACACACAGCCAUAGCGGCGACAGAAACGGCACCUAUAAGAGCAGCAGUCGCAGCAACAGCAGCUCUAAACCCAGCAGCAACAGCAACAAUGUAGACAGCAGCAGCAGCAGCAGCAGCAACGGUGCCUUUGUUUACUUCCUAACGCUCCCCUCCCCCAAAUCCCAACUCCCUCCAUAGCGAGAUCACAGCAGAGCCAGAGGGUGGGGAGGACUUGGGGUUCUCCAAAUCAAUCAAUACGAUCAGCAUCAAUUAUUGGCCGCGUGACGUAGGCUGGUGCCGCGCGGUGUUCUGGGAUAUCCAGAGCUUCGGUUUCCCAGGUGAGAUUGAGAGGAACAGAAGAGGGCCCCACGCCCGCUGGUACAUUGAAAUCUAGGAGGAAUCCGGUGGGUCACCAACAACACCAACAACCGAAACAAAAGAGGAAGUGAGUAUACAAGCCCCAGACCCCAACGUGUGAGCUGCCACUUGGCCAAGCUUCCACCAUGGGUACCCAACAGAAGGACAGCUGUUGUAAGAUGGUGAUGAAGUUUCUCUUCUCUCACGUGGGUCUGUGUGCCAUGGUGAUCCUAUACUGUGUGGCUGGAGGGUUCAUCUUUGAGCACUUGGAGAAGAACAACGAGGAGCAGAUAUGUUAUGAGUCGAGAUCUGAGUACUCACCUAUGGAAGAGAAAACCAUCAACUCUACGCUCAAGAUCUUCUACGACUACGGUGGUGCUAUUACUACUGAGGAAAGCAGACGCCUGAUGACAGUGCAGCUAAAGAGCGUACUUGAGACGUUCAGAAACAACACACUCGCCAUCGGCUAUGACGGCCGCUCGUGCAACCUGUACGGUCAGGCGAACGGACCAGUGUAUGAGUGGUCCUGGGCCGGAGGACUCAUGUUCUCCGUCACUGUCAUAUCUACCAUUGGGUAUGGACACAUUGCGCCGAAGACGGUGUGGGGUCGCCUGGUGUGUAUAGCGUACGCCGUACUGGGAAUUCCCCUGAUGCUGCUGUGUCUGGCCAACAUCGGAGACGUCCUCGCCGAUAUCUUCCGCUUCAUCUACGCCAGGAUCUGCUGCUGCGGCUGCUUCCGCAAGAAGAAGAAGGACAAAGAUAAGGUUGUGGCAAUGAAGCCCUCAGACAGCAACAACACAGGCCAAUGGGAGUCAGACAAGAGCAAAAUCAUUUCUGGUGGUCAGAAUGCCCCCGCCAACUCGGACUUCUCACGUCUGCCCACCCGGUCGCCCACAGAGAGCCUAGAGACAGGGGACUCGGGCAAGCAGAGACUGGGGUCUGCCAGCUCCAGGACCAGUUCUAGAACAGGCAGUCCCAACCGUGGAAAGGUGAAGAUAGUACCCCUGGAUGUGAAGAAGAACGACCCAGUCAUUCUGGACGACGACAGCGACAGCGAAGACGAAGACGAUUUGGAUGAGAAGAAGAUCACAGUGCCCCUCACCAUCACCAUGAUAGUUAUCGGCGGCUACAUUUUCGGCGGCGCCGUUCUCUUCGGCCUCUGGGAGGGCUGGGACUGGCUGCAGUCGGCUUACUUCUGCUUCAUCACGCUCAGCACCAUCGGAUUCGGUGACGUAGUUCCGGGCACAGACUUCGAGAACCCCCAGGCGCAGGCGCAACUUCUGCUGGGCUCUGUCUACGUUCUCUUCGGGAUGGCUAUCUUGUCCAUGUGCUUCUCGCUUAUGCAGGACGAGAUCCUUGCUAAAGCCAGAUGGAUUGGACAGAAGUUGGGGAUCCUGGACAAAGAUGCAGAUGACUGAUUUUUCGAGGCAGCUUUGCUCUUUGAUUACAAACACCAGCACUAAUUGGCAGAAGAGGUUGUUUAAAUUGUUGAAAUCACAGGGAUAUAAAGAUUCAAUACAAACUUUCUCACAACAAUAAUGUUACCGAACUGCAUCCAAGAAUAUUUUUAAAGUAUCAAUACAAACUAACCUAUUAGCGUGCAGAGUAUGUUCUGUCCAUAUGAGAACCUUUAUUUUGGAUACGUGACUGCUUUUUAUGGUAGCUUUUUACCAUAACAGGACAGGCAUCUUGCACCUCUUUUUAGAUUGGUCAACUGAAGACCACCACUCUUUCAAACAAUCUGUUUGUACACAUCGUUGCCCUGCAAGGGAAGUAGCGUAGUCAUCUACUUUUUUGUCUGGAAGUAAACAAACUGGGCAUGCUCAUUACAAUAGACAACUAGCAUUAUGUAGCCUACUCGUCAUGUGCUAUAGAUGCAUCUUUUCGAAAGCUAGAUCCACCAUUUCAUUUCGGUCUGAAUUUACAGCUAAUUUCAUUUUGCUGAGCCAAACGGGGCUAAGCAAACCAAAAUUUAUACUCGAUUCAUUUCCCUCGGAAGGUGGCAACGUACUGAUGCACUGCAUAAUCCUGGUUUCAAGAUGUCUGUAAAUCCAUACCGACUCCGACACAAAUAGUAAAUAGAUCUACAUGUACAUGAGUGAAUGUCUUCAAAAUUUAACUCUACUCCUUACGGUAGCGUCAGUCUACUGUGCCACAUAUAUUAUAGCUGUCCUCGCAACGCGUGUGAGCCUAAUGGAUUUCUUGUUGUUGAAAAACAUAUUAUUCUUCUAUUGCGUAUUACAACUUUAUUUACGUCUAACGGUUAUUUUUAUACUGCUGACAUGGUAAUCGGCCUUUCCGCUUGUUCUACUCUUUCUGAAUACCAGAAAA